CUAAAUUGUAUCACUAAUAAUUUGGAGCUUUGUAAUACAGCAGCUUAGCUUUUCUUCUUCGGUCCAUAUAUCGGUCUAUCUCUAUCUAAAUCUGUAUCUGCAGAUUGCUCCGACAUUUCUACCAAUUGUUUGAAGUUUAGCAGCUUGUUUUCCGAUCGACGGUUUCAUCCGUUUUCCACCGGCGGUGGAGGAGAAGUAGUAGGUGGACCAUGACCUGUGGUCAGAAGAACUACUCGGCUAAUCCGGAUGACUACAAGCUUCUGGAAGAGGUCGGUUAUGGCGCCAGCGCUACUGUGUACAGAGCGAUCUAUCUUCCUCUCAAUGAUGUUGUGGCUGUCAAGUGCUUGGAUCUCGAUCGCUGUAACAGCAAUCUGGAUGACAUUCGCAGAGAAGCCCAAACAAUGAGUUUAAUUCAUCACCCCAAUGUUAUUAGAGCAUUUUGCUCUUUUGUUGUUGGUAGCUGCCUUUGGGUGGUCAUGCCCUUUAUGGCUGAGGGUUCUUGUCUGCACCUCAUGAAAAUAGCAUACCCAGAAGGAUUUGAAGAGUCUGCAAUUGGUUCUAUACUAAAAGAAACACUGAAGGCUUUGGAAUACCUCCACCGGCAUGGACACAUUCAUCGUGAUGUUAAGGCUGGAAAUAUACUGUUAGACACUAAUGGGGAUGUAAAGCUUGCUGACUUUGGUGUUUCGGCGUGCAUGUUUGAUACAGGCGAGAGGCGUAGAUCAAGGAAUACAUUUGUAGGAACUCCAUGCUGGAUGGCGCCGGAGGUUUUGCAGCCUGGAGCUGGAUAUGAUUUCAAGGCUGACAUUUGGUCAUUCGGAAUAACUGCUUUGGAGUUGGCUCAUGGCCAUGCACCAUUUUCAAAAUACCCUCCAAUGAAGGUUCUUCUUAUGACCAUACAAAACGCACCUCCUGGGCUUGAUUAUGACCGUGAUAAAAGGUUCUCUAAGGCAUUCAAAGAAAUGGUUGCUAUGUGUUUAGUCAAAGACCAAUCUAAAAGGCCUACUGCAGAUAAGUUGUUAAAACAUUCUUUUUUCAAGCAUGCCAAGCCUCCGGAGCUGUCUGUAAAAAAACUACUUACCGACUUGCCUCCACUUUGGAAUCGUGUGAAAGAUCUCCAGCUGAGAGAUGCUGCUCAACUUGCUCUAAAGAAGAUGCCUUCAGCAGAACAAGAAGCGAUAUCACAGAGUGAAUACCAGCGAGGUGUUAGUGCAUGGAACUUUGAUCUUGAAGAUUUGAAGCUACAGGCAUCACUGGUGCCUGAUGAAGAAGACAUGCAAGAAAUGAAGUACGGAGAUGUGAAUAUGAAACUUUGCACCAGUAGUGAGGUAUCUAAUUCUGGACAAAAUUUAGGGGGGUUAAGUCCCAAUCAAAAUGUUGUUUCCAGUGCACAAACAAUUGUUGGUGAGAUGCCUGCAGCUGAGUGCCAGAGCAAGAAGGGAAAAUAUCUGGAAAAUGAUGUAUUGGAUGCUGGCCAAAGGAAAACUGAAAUUAGAAAGGAUGAAUCUAAAACAGAACUCCCACCUCCGACUUCAGAUAAAGAUGCUGUACAGACAAAGACAAAAACUCAACCAGGAAAGCCUCGCCAAAGUCAGAGUGGACCUCUCAUGCCAGGCUCUGUAUUAAGUCAUUCUACGCAAGAAAGGGCGCGUAACAUUGACAGGACUGAGUUUGAAAACCUACAGGUUGAGAGAGCUCAGCAUGUGCGAAAAGCACCUAGUUUUAGUGGUCCUUUAAUGUUGCCAAACCGCGCUUCAGCAAAUAGUUUAUCAGCUCCUAUUAAACCAUCUAGUGGAUUCAGAGAUUCUUUGGAAGACAAGUCAAAGGCCAAUUUGGUGCAAAUAAAAGGGCGGUUCUCUGUGACAUCAGAAAAUGUGGAUCUUGUUAAGGACAUACCUUUAUGUACAGUUCCCCGACGAUAUUCUCAAACAUCCCCACUGAGGAAAUCUGCUAGCGUUGGAGAAUGGGUUCCUGAGAAUAAACAAAUGCCAUCCAAUCAGCCUCCAAAGGAAAAUAUCCAUGGUAAUGUACCUGCAUCAGUUCUCAUGCCCCACCUUCAAAAUCUUUUUCAACAAACUUCAAUUCAACAGGAUCUGAUUAUGAGUUUGUUGAAUAGCAUGCAAUCAUCAGCAGGAGAAGCAUCUCAAAAUGGGAAAUUGCUGCCACAACAACGCAAUUCAGAGAAUAAUGGAACUGUGGAUACAGCUACUUCGGAGCGGGAACGUUUGCUUCUAGUUAAAGUUUGUGAGCUCCAAACAAGGAUGGUUAACUUGACUGAUGAAUUAACUGCCGAAAAAUUGAAGUACUUGCAGUUACAGCAACGGUUAAAUGCAAUGUCAAGCAGAAGAGAGGAUGUAGACAGAAGAGAAGUGGAUUCUUGACGCCAUAUGAUUCUCAUUCAUGUAAAACUAUGUAUAUUCAGAAGGAAGUGUGCAAAUGCAGGUUGCUCGCCAGCUGAUUGACUGAUUCCCUUUGUUGCCACCUGAUGUUUGUUUGAAAGGCUAUGGCCGUUGUUCGCACUGACGAAGAAGUGACCCAUGGUGUGCUUACAGAGUUACAAGUCCCUCAUUUUAAUUUAUCAGAGCAAGAGGAGCAAGCUUCGUUGUGCAGAUCCAUGCAAGAGGAACAAGCUUCUUUUUAGUGUCAUCAUCACAUAUAUAUACUACGUAUAUAGGAAAAGGAAAACCAGUAGAGGUUAUUUCUUUUUUUUUUUCUUUUUGUAAUUGUGGGGGGAAUUUAAUUUAAUCCCGUUUUGUAUCCUCUAGAUCUUAUACGCACACGCAUAUAUUACUCAGUGAUCCUUCAAUGCACGUACGCAACAUGAAAUUGUAAUUUUGUCAAUAGCCUGUUUUUUUUCAAGUAUGAGCAGUUGAGCAUCAUGAGUAUUUAUUUAUUUACU